AUGGCUGACGUCUUUGAUAUUGAACUCGAUGGAAAUGACCACUACCAGCCGCAUUCUGCGUCAGUUUUCUUUUGUCAAUCAUGCUUUUCAAGGGUUGAUUUUAGGUACAAUGAAGAUCAAGAAGUGAUGGAAGAAGACAACUUGUACAGCGAUGUUGCCGAUGUUGGUUUUCUCAUAAAAAUUAUUAACUUUUGUUCGUUUUACAGGGCCAAAUCACGGCUCCUCCUCCAAGUUCUUCUUAUAUGUAUGUUAAUUUUUUUUUUCUUACUUUCGGCUUUGCUUUUAAAACUAAUGUUAUUUGUUUUGCAGGGAGGAUCCAAUGGUCGAGGCAAUCGACUUGUCCGAGUACACGGUAAAUCCGCCGAACGUGCGGGUUGGCCGACAAGAUUUCCAACUUCUCAAAGUCCUUGGAAAGGGAGGAUACGGAAAAGUUAGUUUUUUUUUUUCGAUUUUUUAUAUCUGCAAAAAGUGAACAUUUUUUUUUAUAUUUUCGCCACUUAUUCCCUUAUAAGUGACCAUUUUUACUAACUUCAUAAGUUAUUUGCCUUGGGAUCUUUCUCCGAUCACAGGAACGAAACAAUAUUUCAUGUUUCAAGCUAUUUUUGUUCAGCUCCUGGAAACUACCAAGAGUUUCAGAAAAAUGUUUUUCAAUGAGAAAUCAGCAUUCUCGAUUACUUUUGCUCACGUUCAAAAUUAAUGAAGUUGUGUUUUCAAAAAAAAAAAAUGUUUUUUAGGUUUUUCAAGUACGUAAAACAACGGGUUCUGAUGCGGGAAAAAUUUUCGCGAUGAAGGUUCUCCAAAAGGCAACUAUUGUUCGUAACCAAAAAGAUACUGCUCACACUAAGGUACGUUCCAAUGUGAGAGACGAAUUUCAGCGAAAAACAAAAAAUGUUUUUUUCUUCUACGCAACUGUUAUGAAGAAAUUUGAACGAUUUGCUGUGACUGGUGUAACUUUCAGGCAGAAAGGAACAUUUUGGAAGCCGUUAAAUGCCCUUUCAUUUGCGAUUUGCUGUACGCGUUCCAGACGGGUGGAAAACUGUAUUUGAUUUUGGAGUACUUGUCGGGUGGCGAAUUGUUCAUGCACUUGGAGCGAGAAGGUUUCCUUCCAUUUCCCUUGUUUUUGGAAGUUUGUGAUCAAAAUAAUAUUCGGAAAGCCUUUGUGAAAUAUAAGAAGUUUGAAUAGAAGUUAAAUCAAUAAAAAAAAUAAAUAAAACCACUCUUUCCUAAUUUCUAAUUUCUAUUUCAUAUCUCGUUCUUUUUUUUGGUUAUGAUCGAGAUUCUCAUAGAUUUGGAAAGUUAUUUAUUUAUUUUUUUGAAGUUUCUGGAUUUUUUUUUUGGGACAGCUGUGAUAAUUUCAAUAGAAGAAGAAGAAGAAGAAGAAGAAGAGAGAGUUCGAAAUUGAAGCAAAAAAACUUUUCAGGAAUGUUCAUGGAAGACACGGCUAGGUUUUAUCUUUCGGAAAUUGUCGUCAGUCUCGAACAUUUGCAUCGCCAAGGUAAGAAAUGCUGAUUUUCUUUAAUAUUUUUUUAGGGAUUAUUUAUCGCGAUUUGAAGCCUGAGAACAUUUUGCUCGACGGACAAGGUCACGUGAAAACUCACUGAUUUUGGCCUUUGCAAGGAAGCCAUUGAGGGCGAUCAGAAAACACACACUUUCUGUGGAACCAUCGGUGGGUUCUUUUGGGUAUGGAACCAAAUUAUCAGAUGAACCUUAUUUUUGGAAACAGCAUCUUUGGUAAAGCAUCGUACAUGUGGGUUUAAUUUGUAUUAGGUUUGAAUAUAACGGAAGAAUUUUAUCAUUGGUUUUUUUGAAGUGAACUUCCAUGACGGAAAUUUUCGUGAAAUAUUAGAACAAGAAAGAUUGAAUUGAUUUUUUUCUGUCGCCAGUUUGACAAUAAUUGUGAAUCACAAAAAAAAACUUGGGCCUUAAAUUCCAUGCAUAAAUUUUAUUCUUAUCAAUUUUUUUGGAAAAAUGCUUUCAAUUCUAGAAGCGUUGUUUGCAGAGUACAUGGCGCCCGAGAUUCUGAUGCGGUGUGGACACGGCAAAGCGGUUGAUUGGUGGAGUCUCGGAGCUCUGAUGUUCGACAUGUUGACUGGAGGACCUCCAUUCACCGCCGAGAACCGCAAAAAGACGAUCGACAAGAUAUUGAAAGGCCGUCUCACGUUGCCCGCCUACCUGAGCCACGAAGCUCGCGACCUCAUCAAGCGGCUCCUCAAGAGACACGUUGAGACGAGACUCGGUGCGGGUAUGUUCCGUUUCCCUCCUUUCUUUUCCAACAUACGUUCUCAGGACCAACUGACGCCGAGGAAAUCAAGCGCCAUCCGUUCUUCCAAAAUCAACACUGGGAAGAAGUUUAUGCGAGACAGGUUAUCAUCAGAGCUUCAUCAAAUUUAUUUUUCAUUUCUCUUAUUCGCCUAAAUUUUUGCGGUUUUUUUUCUUCUACAUUCCUACUUGCCUGUAAGUUUAAUCAAUUAAAUUUUUUUCUGACAAAGCACUCUGAAAAGCAAAUAUACUGAAAAAUUUUUCAAUGUACUCUUUUUUUUGUAAGCUAGUAUUUUGCAGUUGAAUCCUCCUUUCAAGCCGGAGAUAGAGAACGAAGAGGACGUUUCUCUUUUUGACACAAGAUUCACAAAAAUGACCCCUGUUGACUCGCCUUGUGACACCAACUUCAGGUUUUUUUGAAACCCUUUUUUUAUUUUUUCCUGCCUUGUGCAAAGUAAUUACACGCGAAAUUAAAAUUAGCUGUCAGAUAGUGCAAAAAGAUAAAUUAAUUUUGGAGAGCCAGAGAUGAUUUUUAAUUUCGCGGAAAAUAUUUUGAACACGGCUUGUGUUUCAUCUUUUGCGACAAAAAUUGGAAUUCCAGCUUAACGGGAGACAAUCCGUUUGUCGGUUUCACCUACGUGGCCCCGUCGGUGCUUGAAAUGAUGAGCAAGGAAUCUUCAAACAAAAACAUCCCUGCAGGUCACAUGGCCACGUCUUCUCGUUUCGGGCGUAGUCCUCGUCGUUCCAAUUUCCAGUUGUAAGUUUUUCAAUUCGAUAAAACUGCGUUGAAAUAACUUUUUUGAUCACUCAUGUUAGAAUGGUAGUUUUAUUGAUGAAAAAACAAUCCAUCGAGAUGUUUUGUCAUGAAACCAAGAGUUAUUAAAAAUGGACUUCUCAAAUUAAAUUUUUUGUUAUGAAAGUGUUAGUUGAAGGUUAUCUUCAGCAAUUUCUUUGUAGUGUCUGUAGAAAUUAGAUGAAAAUGAUGAAAUUGAAAGAAUACAUCAAUUUGAGUGGCAAUGAGACGAGCCCCGGAGGAAUGCCGCAGCAGCCAAACCAGCAGCUGUUCGGCGGACCAGCCGCUUUCGGAAGUUCGACGAGCGGCCAAGGAGCCAGUGUGAUGGGACUUCCCAAUCGGCACAUGGCGUUCGGCGGACCGCUUUUUGAAGAUCCCAUGGACACGGCGACGCCACGCGCCAGCGAAAGCCAGCAGUCCCAGCAGUCCCAGCAGCAGCAACAGCAGCAGCAGCAGAAGCCGCGAGGAGCUGUCAUCUGA